CACGAGUGGAGCGCAGCGCACCAGACUGGGAGCGCACGGAAACUUGUAGAGAGCAAUAUUAUUAUUUUUUUUAAAUUGACUGACAGGAAAUAUAGCUACAAUUGUAAUACAACUCAUCCUUCAUUUUCUUUUUUUGCAAGAGCAUGACGACUGCUGCUCAUAUGACUGAUUUGACUUGAGGCUACAGGAGAGAAAGCGAAAUGGAGACAUUUACAAUACACGACAUGCUCAUGAAUUCAACUGACCUGAACAAGAUUUUAUGUAAUUUUGGGAUCAAGAACAUUUCGGAGUGCGAGAGCGAGCAGGAACCUUCACCUGAACCUCAAGACAUCAACCAGACGGUGCGGAUCGUCCUCUACAGCCUCAUCUUCCUCCUCAGCGUCCUGGGCAACAGCCUCAUCAUCGCUGUCCUGGUGAGGAACAGGCGCAUGAGGACCGUCACCAACCUGUUUCUGCUGUCUCUGGCCAUCAGCGACCUGAUGGUUUCUCUGGUCUGCAUCCCCUUCACCCUCAUCCCCAACCUCAUGAGGGACUUUGUCUUCGGCACCGGCAUGUGCAAGCUGGUCAUGUACUUCAUGGGUGUCUCAGUGAGUGUUUCCACGUUCAACUUGGUGGCCAUCUCCCUGGAGCGCUACAGCGCCAUUUGCAACCCGCUGACCUCCAGGGUGUGGCAAACCAAAUCCCAUGCCGCCAAGGUCAUCACUGCCACCUGGGUGGCGUCCUUCAUCCUGAUGCUGCCGUACCCCAUCUCUAGCACCCUCAAGCCCUUCACCCGCAUCAACAACAGCACCGGGCACAUGUGCCGCCUGGUGUGGCCCAACGACGUCAUCCAGCAGUCCUGGUAUGUGUCCCUGCUGCUGCUGCUCUUCCUAAUCCCCGGGAUCGUCAUGAUGACAGCCUAUGGACUCAUUUGCCUGGAGCUCUUCCGCGGCAUCACGUUUGAGAUGUCCAGCAGGAAAUCUAGCAGAGAAAGACAAUCCAGCACUGGAAGCAUCAAGCCCGGUGACAGUGAUGGCUGUUACCUGCAGCCGUCUAAAAAGAAGAGCAUCACAGUGAGUACAGGCACCUCCAGCAGCAAGCCCAUGGUGGGCCGUGUGUCCAGCAGCAGCUCUACAGCCAACCUGAUGGCCAAAAAGCGUGUGAUCCGCAUGCUCCUGGUCAUAGUCUUCCUCUUUUUCCUGUGCUGGACUCCCGUCUUUGUGGUCAACGCGUGGCAGGCUUUCGACCGGCGCUCGGCCUACCGCCUGACCGGGGCGCCCAUCUCCUUCAUCCACCUGCUGUCCUACACCUCGGCCUGCGUCAACCCCAUCAUUUACUGCUUCAUGAACAAGCGCUUCCGCCAGGGCAUGCUGGCCACGUUCACCUGCUGCAGCUGCUUAAGGAGGAGCGGUGGAGGGAGCGGCGGCUUGGGGAGAUCAGCUGGAACUGGGGUGGCUAAAGGGGAAGUGGGCAGAUUAAGAGCAGGGCCAAAGACCACUGAGCAGAAUGGUCAUACCCCGCCAAGCGGAGCCAGCACACGCUUCACCUACACCGGCAUCCGUGCAUCAGCCUGGAGUGAGCUGACUUAAACUGGAUUGAUGCGUAUGUGUGCGAGCUCUGGCCUGAGUGCAAACACUUGGAGGGAAUCGGCUGUGUUGUUUUAGCGUAAAGUCCUCACAGUGCUUAUACGACUAGUUUAUGAGCAGAUACGCUGCUUUAGCUUGAAGUGUGACAUGGCAAUGUGCAAUAGGUAAUGACUGUGGAGCAGCAGAGUAGAUUCAGUGCUCUCACAGCAGAUCAACACUGCCAGAUGUUUCCCUAAAGCUUGCAGUGUCCUGGAUGGCUGACUAAUGCCUGAUCAUAUAAAGCCUUGAAGGGCCUCAAGUCUGACAUAGCAAGGGAGUGUUUUUAUGAAGCACAAUGCCAAUUAAUCUCACAACCACUCUCCAUAUACUCUCUUCAAACACAUUACAGAGACCAAAUAGUCUUUCCAUACAGUUCAUUGUUUGCACCAGGUGAGAAAUAUCUAAAAGCACAAUCUGUGCCAGAAGGAUUAGACUACACCAUUGGAUUAGUUCGUCCAAAUUACAAGAAAUGUAUAUAUUUUCUUACUUACCAGUCAUGAAAACAGUUCACAUCAAGAUCAUCUUCACCUAAAUUGAAUACAAUGUUAAUGACAUUUGCCUAGAAGUCGGGAAAAUAAAUGUAAAAAGUAAACACAAAAUAGUCAGCAGUGAUGUAAACUAUUUAUGAUUUGUAGGAAAACGGCUAAAACAUGAAACGUAAAAACAAAAAAACAUACUUAUAUUUGUAAACAGGCUUGUAUUUGUCAUAUUCAGCAGCGGCUGCCUGUCACACUGCAAUGUAACUGUAAUCAGCAGCUUCGAAACAGUCCUCCAGCGCACAAAUAGUUCUGCUUUUGUCCUUGACCCACUGUGUGUGUGUGUGUGUGUGUGUGUGUGUGUGUGUGUGUGUCUCUCUACAGGGGUUGUACUGCGUACUAUAACUGGAGAGGCCUUAUCAUUUUGUGGGACUUUGAACACCUGUAUCCCCUCCUCUUCAAAGCAAAUUCCCGGCAUUACCCACCUGAUUUCCACAGAUUCAUACUGUUAAAUAUAGCGUAUAGUUUAUGUAGCAACUUAUUCCCAUUUUGUUUUACUGUAUCAAUAUGUUGCAAUGUUAAUAUUGUUGUAUACAUUCUUACUUAAGGGUUUGAUGCAUUAAUGGAGAUUUUGAAGCAUUUUGUUUUUUUGCAUGAUAAUGUGCCUAAUUUGAUGGAAGGCCUGUUAAACCUGCACAUAAUUGAAUGUAACCAGUGAUUUUACAGGUUGAUAUACAUCUGAAAUUGGUUCUAGGGACUGCGUUGUGUUCUUUUGGUAAUGCACAGACACACAAGCCAUCUCCUAAUAACCAACGUCUGGUUGACCAUAUAAAGACCUCGAGCGCCCGGUGUGCAAAUGCAUCUGCAAAGGCUGGGGGCAGAGUAACUUGGGAGCUUUUAACAGCUUUAAUAAAAGUGGAUCUAAAGAACAGAGGACAUUAGGGCCCAGACAAGUGGCAGAAAGAAAAGGUGGAAUCUGCUGGGACUUCUUCCCAAGGAUAAGAGCUCCACGUGGGCUUGGUAGAUUGCUAAAGCCCUGGGAGAUGCUGUCACUGAAGAUGCACGUCUGGGUUAUUCAUUUCUUUCCGCUAAAUCCUGAAUUAUUUGUUAUGUUAUUUGAGUAAAGUGUUUUUUUUUUUGUUUUUUUUUUAAAAGGACAUGCUUACACUUCUGACGACAAGUAAAAACAUAACACAAAGUGAGAUUUUAUAUCACUUUUUUAUUUCUCAUUUUUAUGCCAAUAUUGCAAGUUUUUUUUUUUCUAGGUUUUUUUUCUUCUUUUAAUGACAUACAGAUUUGAGCAUGAUCUGGAGCUGCAAUAUGUACAAAAACAAAACUAACGUAUGUUAUCAAAAAAAA